AGACACUUUGAACAAGCAUCUAGUUGCCGCUGAACAUUAGGUUACGAAAGAGCUCUCAAAGGUUUAAAUAUAAAAGACACAUAACAGAGAAUAAAAUAAUGCCCGACAAUAGCCGAAAAUUCAAUAACAAUAUGCAGUUUGAUAUUCCUAAAUGGAUAAAUGCUAAAUAUUUCGAGAARGUAUUGCUUCGGGAAGAUUCAAAUUUUCACAAAAUAUUGAAAUUGACCCCUAUCGCGGCUACACCUCCGGGUGAGAAUUACACAUCGCUCAUGAUGCGCAUUUUAAUGGACAUUGAACUAAAAGAUGGUUACACACAACAGAAGUCGUAUAUCGUUAAAACAAUGCUGGAUGAUGACAAGGGCGGAACACUUAUCAAUUCACUGAAUCUCUUUCCGAAGGAAAAACUUAUGUAUGAACAAAUUAUUCCUCAACUGGAACAAUUUUAUCAUGAUCUCGGCAAGAAAGUUAAAUUCGCACCCAAGUGUCAAUGGAUAGAGCAAAAAUCAAGUCGCAUCACUAUCGUUCUCGAAGAUUUAAAUACAAAGAAGUUUCGAAACAUUAAUAGACUCAAAGGAUUCGAUAUGCCGCAUAUGAAGCGUGUUUUAGAGAAGUUAGCUGAGUUCCACGCUUCCAGUGUUAUAUGGCAGGAAAAGUACGGUGCAUAUCCAGAUCACCUCCAAAAUAUCUAUCUACCCGCCAAUUAUGAAAAGUCGAAAUCUUAUCAAGCGCGUAUACAAAGCUACAAAGCAGCAAUGGCGACAUGGGGCUUAGAAGAUUAUGACAAAUAUAUGGAACGUAUUCCAAAUGCUGAACAAUUUGUUAAUGCAGCAAUGGGCUGUUUCAGCACAGAUCCCGCCGAGUUUAAGGUAUUGAAUCAUGGAGAUUUCUGGUCUAGCAAUAUUAUGCUAAAUUACACCUCAAGUGGAGAGGUGAAUCAAAUACGCUUCGUAGACUUUCAACUAUGCAAAUGGGGCAGCCCAGCACAGGAUCUAUGGGAACUAAUAAUAUGCUCCGUUGAGAGCAACUUGCGUAUUUGUGAAUUUGACCACUUCAUACGAAUUUAUCAUACACAUCUGCUUAAAUGUUUAAGACUAUUACAUUAUGUCAAACCACCGCCGAAACUCUCCGACCUACAUAUUAGCAUGCUGAAAUAUGGAUUUUGGGGGUAUAGUACAACAUUUACACAUCUGGUUUUGAUACUGAUACCUUCAGAUAAGGACGCCAGUUUAUUAAAGCUUAUACAGCCCGGGGACGAAGGCAACAAAUUCCGACACAAGGCUUAUACCAACCCGCUGUAUGUGCGUGCUAUGUUGGAUAUUUUACCAUUUUUGUAUAGACGUGUCAGAAUGGGGACAGGUGCCAAAAACUACCAGCCACCGGAAUGGAUCAAUGCUGAAUUCUUGCAAGAUGUGUUGAAGGAAUAUUUCAAAGACAAUACUAUAGAAGUGCAGGAAAUAGUGGUGAAAGACGCGCUGCUGACAGCUGAUAACGGCAGUGGCUUUGCGAGYGAAAUGCAUCGUGUGACUUUUAAUUUGGCGCGGAAAGACGGUACCGGYCGCUUCUCGGUCAUAAUUAAAGAUCAUCCAAAAGGUUAUACUGGUGUUGUYGCGCACAAAAGUAAAUUAUUUAAACGCGAAAUUCUGGCCUAUAAAGAAAUUCUGCCACGCGUGGAGGAGUUGCUGGCCUCCAUUGGUGACAAAACGAAAAUUGCGCCUGCAUGCUAUUAUACCACUGAAACGCYUGAGCCCUUCCUUGUGCUGGAGGAYAUGCAACUAACGGGUUAUGAAAACUUUGAAAGAUGUCGUUUGCUUAAUCUAGACUAUACUCUGCCGACCAUCGAAAGGCUGGCAAAGUUACACGCCUGUUCCGCGGUCAUUGCCAAAGAGACACCGGAAAUCUUCGAAUUUUUCAAAGAAGCCCCCAUUUCCAGGAAUCCAGACCGCAAGGAAUUUCUUUCAUUCUUUCCUGUAAAUAUAAGAUGUAUUGCUGAGGAAUUGACUCACUGGAAGGGUUAUGAAGAGAUCACAGAGAAAAUGUUCAAAUUGGCUGAAAAUGUGCUUCAAAAUGCACUUMAAAUGUACGAAUCACAUGAUCAGCGCUUCCAAGUUUUCAACUUGGCUGAUUUGUGGAUUGACAACUUAAUGUUCCAUAUAAAUAAUGACACAAAGGAUCCCGAUGAUGUGGUCAUGUUAGACUUCCAGUUAUCUUACUACGGCUCACCGGCGGUGGAUCUGAAUUACUUCCUUUUUGGUUCAUUAAAUGAGAAUGUGCGGAAAGUACAUUUUAAAUUCAUCGUGCGCGAAUAUCAUCGCAUAUUGAAAGAAACAUUAGAAAAGCUUCAUUAUAACGGUUAUAUACCAACGUUGAAGGACAUAAAUAUCGAGCUUAUUAAGAAUAGCCUUCAAGGUGUCAUCGCUGCUACAUGCCUCACACCACUUAUUUUCAUGGAAUCCACAGGAGACGAAAAACUGGAGAAUCUUACCUCACGAACGGAAGAAGGCGAUGAAAUGAGACGACAAAAUGUGGAAAAUCCCAAAUAUCGGGCAUUUCUGCAGCGCACUGUCAAGGAGUUCGAGUUGUGCGGUUUUUUGGACAAUUGAAAAUUAUAUAUCCAUUUGUUGUGCAUCAAAUAUAGAAAUAUAAUAUAUGGACAUACGAAGAUAUGAGAGAAUUUUUAAGUUGCAGAAAUCAUAUAUACUACACAAUACGAUAAAAAUUGCAAGGCAGAAUUCCUAUUAAAAAAAUAUAGUUGUCUAAUUUCGACCAGGAUAACAACAUAUUUUAAUGUCUUAAUCACUAAACGAAAAUCAGUUUAAGUCCAUACUAUUGACAAACGUUAAAUCAAUGAAUUAUCAAAAAAUAAAUAAAACUUAUUUUGUAUACAAACUA